CACAGGAGUUGGUCGUGGUGCUUUUCGUUGGAAAAAAUAUAUAAAUAACAUAACAUUUUGUAGAUUACGAACGUUUACAAUAUACGUUAUCUAUCUUAUCAGUUCGACAAUAAGGAUAUAUCGAUCAUGCACAGUUCUUGUUACAUGUAACAGCGAACGUGUAAUGUUGUGAUGUGCUAUUUACCUCAAUAAUUUUUGCAUUGUAGAACUUGUUAGUCACGCAGUUUUAGUGAAAAUGCCAUCAGGACAGAGAGAAACUACAGUGUCGGUGCCGCUGACACCGACUAGAUCAGAUCUGUACUGGCGCCGGAUAUUCAACAAGUACGACAAAGACAAAGAUGGGAAGAUAUCGUACGUCGAGCUUAAAGACAUCAUCGAAUCCAGGGAAUACGACCACGAUUUGCCUAAUGACGUGGUGGAGAAGAUAAUGACCCUGGCUGAUAGGGAUAAUUCGGGGUACUUGGAUUUCCAAGAGUUUGUGGAAAUGAUGCACCAUCCGGACCUGAAAGCGGUGUUUGGGCACUUCGUCGCGAGAUACGUCCACUCUAUUAUACCACAUCGAGACCCCAUUGAUACCACAGGACGGUGGCCAGGUUUUCGCUCGGUCUCUACUACUGAAGCCGCGUCCACACACAGAUCGUACUUUACGUACACAGACGGCACCUAUGAGGAGGAGUACAGCUGCUGGCCUCCUGCCAUCUGCAUGAUCCUCAUUUCCCUGGUGGAGAUCAUCUUCUUCUGCUACGACGCGGCCAAGGGCAAGACCUCUGCCAACGGUCCCAUCGCGCAGCUGCUCAUCUACAACCCUUACAAACGAAAUGAAGCCUGGCGGUUCAUUACGUACAUGCUUGUACAUGUUGGGGUGGUGCACCUCCUAGUCAAUCUUCUAGUCCAGCUAUUCCUCGGGGUUCCCCUGGAGAUGGUCCACAAAUGGUGGAGGGUCUCUCUAGUAUACCUCGCCGGGGUCGCCGCCGGGUCCCUGGCGACCAGUCUCACAGACCCCACCGUGUACCUCGCCGGCGCCUCCGGAGGGGUCUAUGCUCUUAUCGCGGCGCAUAUAGCCACUAUUAUCAUGAACUGGAAGGAGAUGGAGUUCGCGAUCAUCCAGCUCCUAGUGUUCGUGCUGUUAGGCGCAGUGGACGUGGGCACGGCGGUGUACGACCGCUAUUUCCGCAACCUGCAGCAGAACAUCGGCUACGUGGCCCAUCUGGCUGGCGCCGUCGCUGGUCUACUAGUAGGCAUAGGAGUUCUCCGCAACCUGGAGAAACGUAAAUGGGAGAAGAGACUGUGGUGGGCGGCGGUGGUGCUAUACUUCUCCCUAAUGUUGGCUGGCAUACUCGCCAACGUGUUCUGGACUGAUCGCUUCCCACCGCAGAAGGUGUAAGCUUGGAACAUUCAUCACUUGUGAGUCUUCAAGAAUGUAGAAAAAGUGAUAGGGUUAAAGCAAAAAGGGAAAAUAGGUAAGAUACCCCCGUAAAUGAAUCCUAACCUCAUAUCUUCUUUCGAGUCGACGACAAUUUAUAAUAUAAGCUACAUUUUGUCAGCCGAAUAUGUUGCCAUGGCAACAGCAGGCACGGAAGCGCUCAUCAGGUCCUCCCGCAAGUUUUAGGGUAAAGUGGAUAGGUUAUUAGGUGGGACAUGGUCUUUGGAGCUGCUCCACAAUCGUACUUAAGGUCCACCUCGUCUGUGAAAGCUCACCUGGAUCGGUUGCCUGCUCCGGCUGACCUGGGUUCGGAGUCUAUUCGCAGAUCUUUACAGUAUAGAAUAGAAUAGAAAUUGUUUAUUAUAAAAUUAUAUUUAUUUUCACAGAACAAUUACAAAAAAGCAUAGAGGAUGUUCAUUGGAAUGAUCAUAAGGUGGUGGUGGACGUUCUGAGAUAAAAGGGCCUCACUCAGUACAAGUCGCGGCGUGAGCCACGAUCCUGGUAUUAUGUGAAAUGCCAAUUAAGUUAUUGAGUAAAUAUUAAUCAUUUUCCCUUCAAAAGCAUUUGACCAAUUAUUUCGCGUCUAUCGGUUUUUAAAUGAAAAAGAGUACUAAAACUGUGGAACUUGUCCUAUCUUUAUACCACUCGAACUCCGAGCACGACGUGAAGUCUUUUCUUGAGUUCGUUCAUAAAAUAUCAACAUCUUAUUCAGCGCAAAUGCGGGAGUCAAUGACUGAAAUAUUUCUUUUACAUACAUGCACAUCAUUCAUAAGAUGACGCAUAUUUCCUGAUAAAAAUAUAAAUUCUAUUUAAAACAUACCUUUUUCUUUUUGCUUUAAUCCGAUAAGAUCCCACAUUCUUUAUUAAAUUGUAAAGGCCAGUGCCGUGUUUAUCAAAACUUACAAGUCUACACGUUCACAAGCUACAAGUUACAAGUCAACAUAUUACGUUUAUAAAAAAAAGUAGAGGGAUUGUAAAAUAUACUUGUUACAUAAAUAUUGGCACUAGUAACAUGUAAUUUACUGACAUGUAACUUGUAAUAAAGACAAUUUUUACAAGAAAAUCACUUGUGAUACAGGGCUUGUAAGUUUUGAUAAACAGGGCACAGACGAUGAAAUAGGCAAAUAAAGUGUAAGAAAAGAGACUGUAAAUUCACUUUUUUACGUAAUAUGUGCCUUCCUGUCUGUUAGUAUGCUAUUAUUUAUGUCUGUACACUACUCUGUAUGAUAAUAUAAAUGGAAAAUAUUUCUUAAGGUUUACUUUUUUAUUGUACAUAACAAUAUUUUGUAUAAAUACACAUGUAAAGGUCAAAUAUUUAGUUCAUGCAAUGGACCAGCUAUUGUAAAAAUUCUCCCAUAUUUCCAGCACGGGUUAGCAGAGAUUAUGGGUUUCUCUUUGACAUUCUCAGUAACUUAUUAUUUGAACAUUUCGACUAAUUUUAAAAAAUGUAACGGAUUAUAGAACCCAAAGAACAUUAGUGCUGGGUAGUUAGAGUUAUCGCUAAAUCGUGUCGCUAGAUGUCACUUUUGUCUUUAGUUCAAAGUUUACUCAGACUUUUGUAUAGCGCCAUCUAGCCGAUUUGGCUAUUACUAGCGUAAUGAUUUCGAAGUAAGUAUUUGUAUAUUGUUAGUACAUUAGUUGGUCCAUCUAUAACUAAGAAUAGCACAAAUAUUUUGUUAAAUGAAUUUCAAAACGCUCAUAAAGGCGUUCAAAUAAAUUUUAUAUGUUGCCUAAUAAAAGCUAAGAAAGACAGGUUUAGUAUUAAAAUAGGCUUAGCUCUCUUUAAACGCAUUCUGAACUAAAUUUACACAUGUUAGAACAUUGAAUUUGCUAGCUCCAUUAUCAUUGUAUUAUUUAAUUCAUAUUUUUUUUAUUUGUGCCGUCCCUAUGUAGCUGACGAAAGGUAUAAAAAGUUGCCAUAUGGAAAAAGUUAACUUACCUUUCGAAGUAAUAAUAAAAUCUAGCUAGACUUAUUAUAUGUAAGAAAAGGAUGUAUAAUUAAUUUCACUUCAAUCAGUUGUUCAUUAUGAAUGAUAAUCCGAUUAUUGUUUUAAGUUUUCGCGGUUAUUAUCAUAAUUAAAACACAUAAUAAAGUGUUCUUACCGCGAGUCGAAAAUCGGGAGUCUCAUAUCCCUGCUUUGAACGCGGUAAGAACCCGUUAUUAUGUGUUUUUAUACGAUUAUUAUCAAUCAUUGAAAAUUGCAAUCGUAAAGCCCAAUGUUCAUUUUAAAAUCCGAACCCUAUUGUGUCUGGAAACCUAGACCUUAUGACGUUAAAACAGACAGUAAGUGAUGGCCGUUUUUUCGUUUGUCCUGCUCAUCAAUUUUCGUAAUAAUUUAUUCCUUUAUGACGGAGUGAAUUGCUGUACUUUAUGAAGUCAAAACGGACAUCAUAACCGCUAGUUUAGUGUGUUUGUUAACGUUAAAUUAAUAUUCCUAUACUCUUGUCUGUUAAACUACUGUGUGCCUUGUUCUACGUUACACUAUUUUGUAUGAAAUAUUUUGUAAUUCUAUUACCUUUGGAAGCAUUUACACUAAAAAUAUACUUUAAGAUACUACAGGACAACAGUAUUAUACCAGUAUAGCAUUCUUUAAAUAAAAUUGUUGGUUCUUAGAGAAGUAGCGUAUAAGUUUUGACAUACUUAUUUAGAUGUGUAACUAAACUAAAUGCCCCAAGGCAAAUAUAAAAUUCUAAAUUUAAAAUUCUAAUCAAUCUAUUGAAAUGAGGAUCAAAACUAGAAGCACGAAUGUAGGCGGCAGCACUGUUGAGUGUCCUAAAUUUAGACAGUUCCCCAUACUGUGCAGCCAAAAAAUUCGUGAUAAAUUGCUACACAAUGUGAAGUAAUAUGGAAUGUACCCCGUCUGAAAGAUGAGUUACGAAAAUGAAGCUAGUUUGAAAAAGGUAGUUUUUGAUUGAAAAUAAGUUUAUCUAAGUUUUCUUCGUUCGGAUCUUUAGGGAAUAAAUACAACAUUAUGAUUUUGCAGUUAAACGCUGCGCAAAGGGUUAUAGUGUAAAAAUAUAACCAAAACAAUGUUUGUUUCACUUGUUUACUCAAAUAGUAUGGGGAACUGACAAAAUUUAAGAACACUUGACAGUAGCGACAUCUGAUGGGGGAAAUAGGCAGUUUUUAUCCGCAUUGUAAACGUAAGUUCGUUAGAUUUUGAAACGUCUCAAAGGCGUGUAAUUAAAAACAAAUAUGCUAAAUUUGUUAGUAGUCUAAUUGAUAGGACACUCGCUGACCUGGCGUGUAUACAAUUACAGUUAGAUACCCGAUAGAUGGUCUUGCUUACUAUUGUUUUUGUUUGCAUCACUAGAUGGCGUUAUAAUACAUUGAAGAAGAGUUGUUUACUGUUUCCAAUUUAUGUUUUACUUGUUCUUCAAUGCUUCCCAUUUAUGUCACUAGAUGGCGGUAGUCUCUACGUCUAGUAAAAAAACGUUUUAUUCAUGGAAGCCUAUGUAUUAUUUUCAAUAAAUAAACUCGAUAUCUUUAUUCCACAUAACUUUAGAGCCAUACAUAACCAUGUGUGCUGAUGUUAUAUACUUUUAGAUUAGAUGUUUAGUUUGCAUCUGUGAUACAGUGAAAACGAUAAUGUAUUCCCGUUGUUUAAUUUUGCUUUUAUUUUUAAAGAUGUUUAUUUUUUGUUAGUGUGAAUUAGAGAUGAAACGGAUAGUUUUUUAGCCGGCCGGAUGGCCAGUUUUCAGGCGGCCGGAUACGUAGCCGAACAUUGCGUGGCUGACUUUGCUAACUGACGUAUUUGAUUUUUUUUUUUGCUAAAAUUAUUUGUGUCUGAUUGACAAUUGCAAAAGGCCAAAUCAGUUUCGGCAAAAAAUUCAGAUACGUCAGUUCGCAUCAUCAGCGACGAUUGUAGGUCUGAGCGAGACCGCAAAUAAAAUAGAUACGGGCGGUAUUUUUUUUCCGACUGGCAUUGAUCUUUUCUUCGUUCCUAAAUAGUUUGUUAAAGGUGCUUUCCUCUGUCUCAAAAUAUUCCAGUUUUGACAUAUUUCUUUCGUCUUAGUCUUCACUGAGACAGUCUUCAUCUUAGGUCAUGUAUCUAAUUAGAAACCUGAAUAAUGAGAUAAAAUGGAUUUUUCCUGCCUGAAAAUGUUUUUGCGGAUAUGGAAUGGAUAUAAAAUAUAGGAUCCGGCCGGAUAUUACCUUACUAUCCGGUAUCUGGCCGGAUAGUAAAGUCAGACCGGAUAUCGGAUAGUUACCGGAUAUUACCCGUUUCAUCUCUAGUAUAAAUUAAGGAUAUUUUCGGGUCACUACACCUUUUGACAUUUUGGUAAUCUUCGUAAAUAGUAUAGGUAUAACUUCCUUUGUAAUUUCAUAUCUGGAAAUGUAGUUGAAAAAUAUUUCAACGGCAAAAUUAUACCAUCUUCAAAACACUCAUUUAAUUUUUCAAGUGUUUUCCAACGAAUAUUUAAUUGAACUAUAAAAUUGGAAUUAAUUUUAAGAAGUAAAUUCGGCAGUGUUUGCCGCUAGCCUUGUCUAUAGUGUGUGUUCAUAGUAUUUAAUUAGUUACUAGAUUUAUUUCAACAUAAUAUAUAUUAUUUCACAAUAUAAAUAUUUAUUUGUAGAUAAACUAAUGCCGAUUCCGGCAGAUACAAACAUUAUUUUAUUUUCCGCUUGACAGCUCGAAAACUACAUUUAUAAAACAUUGGUUGUAGGUAAUUUAUUUACCUACCUAACUUGUAAUUAAUCGUGAUACGCAAUCUUAUUGUUAUGUAUGAAAUUAGUACUUCUGUCGUUUGUAAGUGGUAACUAGCCUAAGUUCCUGUAUUAUAAUGUAAACAAGCACAAUAUUAUGUUGUGAUAUACAUAAUUAUGGUUAUUGAAAAGAAGUUUGAUUAAAUGCCAUUUUAUUUUUUAUAA